GAUCGCGAGUUUUGCUGUUACAUGUACACAAAUAAGAAGUAGUUGUUUGAGAAAAUGGAGAAGUGUAGGCAUGUUUUACCGGGGGAGCACAUCUACAAAGGGCGUCUAUUUUUUGGUUACACUCCACCGGAAGUGCUGGAUGCUGUGCUAGAUUUUGAAGUCAGAGAUGAUGACAUUUUUAUUGUUACGUAUCCCAAAGCAGGAACCACUUGGCUACAGGAAGUUGCAUGGCUGAUUGUAAACGACGGAAACGUAGGAAAGGCAAAGGGACAGCAAGUUUAUUUCCGGUCUCCAUUUCUUGAAUUCAAGGACCUGGUGCUAAAUGAAGUGGGUCUGGAGAUAGCGGAGUCUCUGACCUCCCCCAGGGUCAUAAAAACUCAUCUACCUGUAGAUUUGGUCCCUUCGAGGAUGUUUCAGACCAAAUGUAAGAAGUUGGUCCUGUUCCGGAAUCCCAAAGAUCUGUGUGUGUCCUAUUUCCACUUCUACCGGUCCAGUUCGUCCUUCGGAAACUUCCAGGGAAGCUGGUCGGAGUUCCUUGAAAUGUUUUUAAAUGGGCAUGUUGAUCACGGUUCCUGGUUUGACUUUACUAAAGGUUGGUGGAGUAAGAAAGAUAACUCCGAUGUUCUUAUUCUAUUUUACGAGGAUAUGAAAAAGGAUCUGAAAAGUGAAAUUAGGAAGAUAAGCGACUUUAUCGGUAAAAGCAACGUGACAGAAGAAAUGGUGGCGAGGAUAGCCGACCACUGCAGCUUUGAGAACAUGCGCACUAAUCCGAUGACAAACCACCACGACGUAUAUUCCAUUGACAGGGAAAUUUCGCCAUUGUUACGUAAAGGCGUGGUGGGAGACUGGAAAAGCCUCUUCACUGCAGAGCAAGCGGAGUAUUUCGAUUCUGUGUACAGCGAGAAAAUGGAGGGAAUCAACGUACCGUUUCAAUACUAUAUAUAGAGCAUUGUUCAAUAAAAAUCUAUGUAACGAU